AAUCAAACAAAGUCAUUACCAAAUUAACGACACACAGGUGACGAAAAAAGCAUUUUGUAAACAAGCCUCAAUCCGUGCGGUCGUAUAGAGUCAGUGAUUCUCUUAAGUACAUUAUAGGCGUGUAAUAAAGUGCAACUGAUUAUUUGUGGAAAGAGAAAAUGUCUUCAGCAACACCAUCACCACCGAGCUUGCAUUCAGAUCAAGAGGAAUCCAGAGAUUCAAGUUCGUCUGAAUUUUCCAACACCGUUAUGACGAGGUAUGCAACAAACGACAACUUAGAUUCAACUCAGAAAGGAAUAACGUCUCAUGGUGUCGAAGAUAUAUUGUCAGACGGUGUCAACUACGGUGUAAACGAGAAUGUGUUCUCAGAUUGUAAACCAGAAGUAUUAUCAACGAUACCAAAUUCCUUCGUGCAAGACUACAAUUCUAGAGAUUCCAUCGGAUUUACCAUCCAUGAUAUUCUUGGUCUCCAACAAUCAUACAACGCAGUGAAUACUCAAGACAACAUAGAAACAAGAUAUGAUUACCAAAUACCAAACUAUGAAAGUAUAAGCAAUAGUAGCAACAAUUACGGAUCUGGUACUGAAGAGGUGAUUACCGAAGACUGUAUUAACAAAAAUGAGAUUUUUAAUUCCACAGCAACACUAGUUGGUAAUCAGGUUAUUUACGACAAAAGUUUUACUAACGAACCUGUUCGGUAUCACGAAAGAAGCAGUUUAAACAGUGAUGCAAAAGAUCCUGUUGAUAUCAAUGACUUACAUGAAUCAAGUUUUCCUGGUCAGAACCCUGGGUGGAGUAACAACCCUUCCUCUAGCACUCCUAUUGCUAGAGCUUCAUCUUCUCUAUCAGGCACAGAAAUGUCAACAACCUCACCAUCAUACCAAAAAGGAUUUACAAAGCGAGCAAGAACCGCGUACACGAGCUCGCAACUAGUUGAGCUAGAAAAUGAGUUCCAUCAAAAUCGUUAUCUCUGUCGACCGCGACGCAUUGAGUUGGCCAACUAUCUUCAACUAUCGGAGCGACAAAUCAAAAUAUGGUUUCAGAAUAGGAGAAUGAAGUACAAGAAGGACAAUAAACAUAAUAAGCCGUCGUCUUCAGUUGAUGACAGUAGCCCGUCAAGUUCCAAAGAGAUGUCACCGAGCCAAGACCAUAAGAUGGGUCAUGGAAGAAGCUGCGGCGGUCACGAUAGACAUCGUCGUCUAUUGAGUGACAGUCACGCUAGCCACCACAAAAUCUACCUCUCAACCAAUGAUAGUCUUUCAAGGCCUCCCGACUAUGGAUCCAUCAAUACAUUGAAGUCUGUGAUAAAGGGACCUCCAAGUACAAUAGAGCUUCCGUCCUACACGCCAAAUUUAUCUUAUUCUUCGUACUACACUGCGGGGACGAGCAGGGCCGCUUACUCACCGAUAUCGGAGGUUUAUCGGUACUCGAACGAUGAGUCAAUGCAACCGAAUUCUACUUUGUCCACGUUAGCGGAUAGUUACGUGCCUAACGGAGUCAACUUAAAGUUGAACGAUGACAUCGUGAGAUACACGGCUGGUUCUACGUACUACAAUCCGAUAUCUAGUGGAGUUGUGAUGCAUACUCCGACAACUGACGCAUAUGGUUUUAGCAAUACAAUGUCGUCGAUUCCCGCCCCGACGUACGAAGACAGCAGUAUUCAUUCUAGAACCUCAAGCUUACCGCUAUCUCAAGAUCCUUAUUUCUCGUACUUGGCCCCCGCGGACAAUACGAGUCAGCAUUCAUCUGCAUCUAGCAGCAAAUAUUCGUCUUCUUACAUUUCGUUAUAGAAUUUAUUUUUAUAGUUACUUAUUAGUUUUUGCGGUUUUAUAAGAUCAUCUACAAGUAAACGUUGUUAAUCAGUAUUUUACCCAAUAGCAGUGCUAUUACUGUCUUCCUUCCAGCAAAUAUAGUGCCAUAUAGAGGCAAAAUGUUAAUUAGUUUAAUAACUGAUUAAAAAUGUUUAUUUACUGUGUAUCUGUACAUAGUGUAUAUUAUACAAGUAGGUAUACCUAAAUUCAUGAAACGUUGUUAUUUUUAUCAAAAGCGUAACUAUUUACAUCUAUAUCCUAAAUAAUGUUAAAUUUAAAAAUGAAUGUACUUAAUGUAAAAUUUAUUAGAUUUAA